AUGCAGGUAUGCGGGAAGGCCUUUGGUCGGGCCGAUCUCCUCAAGAGGCACCGCUCCAACCACGACGAGAACGACAGUUCGACCAAGCGCAGGCGAAUCAACUCGUCUCCCAGCGCCGGACGAGUUGCCCAUGCCUGCCAGGCGUGCGCAAAGGCCCGAGUCAAGUGCGAGGAAUCCAAGCCCUGCACACGCUGCCGGAACAGGAACCUCACCUGCGAAUAUGCCUCCUCCGAGGCUGGCUCCGCUGCUGCCAUGCACUUGCUUCACCUCUCUGCGAAUGGACAAGGCGUCACCUCGGCGCCGGUGUCAUCGGCUGGCACCCAGCAGCCCCUGGGCGAGGAAGCUCAGCUCCCAACUCCAGAGACCUUGAUGGACCAAAACAAUUCGGAGGUAUACCAGAACAACGCCAUGUUGGACAUGGCCAGACUGCCGUUUUCGGAUUUCCUUCGCGAUAUCCUCUACGAGCAGUCACUGGAGUCGGCGAAGAUGGAAGAGACACAGGGCCUAGCCGUGUUGGACUUCAAUGACGAUAGCAAUCUGGAGCUAACCGACGUCGACUUUGGCUUGCUCGAUACCUGGAAUGUCGAUGGCAUGCUUGCCUCGAAUAUGAACAUGCCCGAUUACCGACUGUGCGUAGAAGACUCGACAGAUAUGUCGAAGAUGCGACAGCGGCUUGUCAAGGUGUGGACUGAGUCACCAUGGCGAUUCAUACCUGGGAAGACCGACAGCGGCUAUUGCGAACAGAACAGCUUGCCGCUACCGUCAGGGGAUACGAAUGGCCGACAGUUCCAGGAGAGCCGGAUGAGGGUCGACCGUGUGAUCGCUGACAAGAUGGAGCCGCCCUCGCGGGACAAGAUUCUAGCCAUCGUUCUCAGCACUUGCAAAAGCAAUUCGAUCAUGGCUCGUGUCGCCUCUUCCUUUCCUUCGACAGACGUCAUGGAUUCACUGGUACACAUCUUCCUAGCCUCUCACCUAUGUCAGAUCUCAGAGUGGAUACACUACGGCUCCUUCGCGCUGAAUGCACAGUGGCCGGAGUGGCUGGCUGUUGCUGCAUCCGCAGGGGCCACACUUGCCCCCGUACAAACACUAAGGAGGUUCGGGUUUGCUCUUCAGGAGGCAGUCCGUAUCACAAUACCAGCUAGAUUCGAGGAUAAUAACUUGACAAUUGAGGAUAUUGGCCUCGUACAAGCUCUGGUUCUCGGCCAGGACAUUGGCCUUUGGAGUGGCAACAGGCGAAAGAUGGAAAUCGCCGAGUGUCAUGUGCAAAUUCCAAUUGCAAUGAUGCGUGGCAGAGGUGUCUUCCAACGUUCCACGUACACAACCAUUUAUGUGGAUCCCAACGAUGAGGGGGAUGUCCUCGAGGCCAAAUGGAAGAAGUGGUAUCGGAGGGAACUCGCCUUUCACGCCUACCUAAGAGACGCACAGACCUCAAUGACAACUCUCACCAAUCCGGUAAUGUCGUACGCAGAACUCACACUGCCUCUGCCUGAGGCCCGCGAACUCUGGUUCGCGAAAACAGCACAGGAAUGGAAGAUGCACUACAUCGAGAGACAAGCCGCCCAGAGCAAAAGACCGCCUUCCCUCGGUGAUCUUUUCCGCGAUAUCAAUCUCCUGGCGGCAAACCAUCAGCGGCUGGAUGUGCAAUAUGCCUUGUCGAUCUACUUGUACGGCUUCUGGUCGUUGAUCUGGGAAUACCGACAGUUGAACGCUAUCCAUAGAUCAAGCGCGCAGUCACCUAAUCCUGCAGGCAACCCAAACUUGCUUCUGCUGAGCUCUCGACAUCAGGAGUUGUGCAAAUCUUUGCAAACUUUUCAGUUGGUAACGUCUGGAUGGCAUGAAAUGCUCUCCGCGCAGGAGAGCCUUCUCCUAAACCUCCUAAUGCUAUAUCUACACGUGUCACUAGAUGACCUACAACUCUUUUCAGGCAAGGAAGGCGAGGACCAAGCGCGCAGAGUAUAUCCCACUCUACAGAAUUGGGCAGAUAGCCCCGAAGCCCGUCAGGCACUAUGGCAUGCCGGCCAGGUCCUUCGAUUUGCGAAGAACUAUCCGCCUGGGCAUCUGAAGGAUUUCCACGCCAUUGCGGUGCACCACGCGGCCCUGGCCCUCUGGACCCACGGGGUUAUCACGAAGGCGAUAAGACGCAACGCAGCCCACGUCGUGCAGGAGCCAGUGUAUCUUGAUGGACUUGAUUCAACCCAGGUUCACCGAUUCACCGGCUUCGGUCAGGGCAAGCCAGUGAUUCGCGGCCCAAACUCACAGCAGCCGGGAGAGACAAGCGUGGGAGAGUCGUACCUAGAGGACACCAAGUCCUGCAUGGAUGUGGUGGAAGAGAUUCUCCGUACAAAUUUCCAUAUCGAGGAGCAGUUGCCCCCGAUUGUAGAAAACCUCUGUCACUUGAUCAAGCAGUUAGGUAAUGCGGCUUGGGCAGUAGGCUUAACGUAA